AUGGCUCCCUGGAUAUCCUUCCUCCUCCACCCAACCACCAUCUUCUGCUUGAUUUUACUGCUGCUAUUAACAAAACUUUUACUGAGCAACCUCGGCGGGUCAUCUCGACGUAUGCCUCCCGGACCUACCCCACUCCCCAUCAUUGGCAAUUUGCAUUUGAUCAAUAUUAAAAGGCAAGAUGUCUCAUUUAUGGAGCUUUCCAAAAAAUAUGGCCCUGUCUUCACUCUCCAUUUUGGUCGACAAAAGUUUGUAGUGCUGGUUGGCUACGAGGCGGUGAAAGAGGCACUCCUGAGCAAGGGAAAUGAGUUUAUCGACAGGCCUACGAUCCCCAUAUUCUCACAGAUCCAACAUGGGAACGGUAUGUUCUUCUCCAUUGGAGAAGCGUGGAAGGACACCCGUCGGUUCACCUUGUCUACCAUACGGAAUCUCGGGAUGGGCACCUCAGUGAUCGAAGGAAAGAUGCUUGAAGAGCUGAAUUUCCUGGUUGAGCAGGUCAACGCCUUUAAAGGUGAGCCUUUUUCAUUGAAGGCCUUCUCUGGUGCUCCCACAAAUAUCACCUUCACCGUACUGUUUGGAGACAGGUUUGACUACGCUGACCCAACUUUCAAGACCCUCUUAAGACUCAUCGACGAAGUCAUGAGUCUUCUGGGGUCUCCAUCCUUACACCUGUUUAACAUCUAUCCGUUCCUUGGAUUCCUUUUCAAACCCCAUAAGAUGAUCUUGAAGAAAAUCGCAGAAACCUGCGCCAUCAUAGAAAAAUAUGUGCGAGCCAGCAGGGAGACGCUCAGUGGGGACCAGCUACAAAGCUACAUCGACUCCAUGCUGUUCAAACAGCAGCAAGAGGGAGAGAGUAGCAAGAAGAACAUCUUUCACGACCCCAAUGUCAUGGCCUCAGUGCUUGACCUGGUCAUGGCUGGGACGGAGACCACCGCCACCACUCUGCAGUGGGCUAUUCUGCUGAUGAUGAAGUACCCUGAGAUCCAGAGGAAGGUCCAACAGGAAAUCCAGCGCGUGCUUGGGUCAGAGCGUUUACCGGUCUAUGAAGACAGGAAGAGGAUGCCCUUCACCAACGCCAUGAUUCAUGAGGUCCAGCGGCUUGCUUCUGUUGUGCCACAGUUGCCACGCUGCACCGCCGUGGAUACCCACUUCCAGGGCUACUUUAUUCCAAAGGGAACAGCAGUGAUUCCGUCUCUGACCUCCUCGCUUUAUGACGAAACCCAGUGGGAGACUCCCUACAAGUUUAACCCCAACCACUUUCUGGAUGCUGAAGGGAACUUUGUGAAGAAAGAUGCCUUCAUGCCUUUUUCAAUAGGACGCAGGAACUGCCUUGGGGAAAGCCUGGCCAAGAUGGAACUCUUCAUCUUUGUGACCGGAUUGUUGCAAAGGUUUACAUUUCAAGCCCCGCCUGGGAUGAAGGAAGCAGACCUGGAACUUACGACCGAGCCCGCCUUCACUCGGAGGCCUCAGCCCUACUCGACCUGUGCCGUGCCCACCAACUAGGACCCAGUUUCUCAACCUUGGCCACUUUAAAGAGGUGUGGACUUCAACCCCCAGAAUUCUCCAGCCACUCUCCUGUCUCUCUUGACUUAAUCCAGCAUUCUGAGUGCUAAAUUAAUACUUCUGCCAUUAAAGUCUGUUGCAAAU